AUGGAACCCGCAACAACAACCGUCACGCCCUGGAUUCAGCACAAUGCGCCCAAGAUCGACCCAGCUUGGGCGUUUGCUGAAGCACAACGUCUGAGAAAGCAGAAGAUCCCGGAGCCCCCGGCUCGUGUCGCAAAUCGAAAGGAGCGAUUCAAGACCACCAUGCGGGCAUUUUUCAAGACGACGGGUGACAAUCAGGCCCAAUAUAUCUUCGAACACACCCAUACAUGGGAAGAGGUCCGGAGCGAGGCACAGAAAGCGCUGGACCUACGCUACCGGCAGAACGGGAAAAGAAAUUUCUUCCGCAAGUCGAUUCGACUCGUGGGGGACGUGGCUUCCCGGCUAGAGUUCCUGACGCAGCUAAUCCCCAGCGGUGAUUAUAUGGGAGUUCUCUGCGGAGGGCUCAAACUCGUCUACAAUGCAGCGAAGCGCAUGAGUGCCGUACGCGAACUCAUUCUCGGGUCGUUGGAUAGUCUAUCGCAGCCGAUUGAGGAUGCCUCGCCCUACCUCUAUACCUACGCUUGGAGCGAGAUGCUUCUGGAAAAGGCGCAGGACCUCUAUAUGAGCGUCCUAGACGCGGUCGAGGAUCUCACGCAAUGGAUGGCCAAGACUAGAGGAGUGGUGCGAGGUACCUGGGAGAGAUCCAAGGCGCUCGUCCAGCAGGACGACUACGGGCGAGAUCUCGAACAUCAGAUCAUCACUCGUGUGGGGGAAGCAGCGAAUGCAUUUGAGAAAGCUGUCAAAAUCUGCUUGAACACCGAGGUACAUGAUUUGGGACAGAACGUGGUGCGUUUGGGGAAAGGACAGGACGAAAUGAGAGACGAGAUGAGAGACGCUGCUAGGGCCGCGCGGGUGUCCAUCACCAUCGAGCAGCUCCUCACUGCGCUGCACUUCGCGAAUCCAUUUUCCGAGGACGAUAUCGUGGAUCACACGGUCAACAUUAUAGCCACUGAGCGAACCACAUUACUUCUUUCCGGUAGACUCUUAGACGACGAGGCCCAAGACCAGGUGGCGGGUGUGCUGCAGGAUUCCCGGUUCCGCAGCUGGCUUCAGGACAUGCGCUCCGAGGUCCUGGUUGUGUCACGCAUGGAGGAGGAUAUCUUGGAAGAGGGACCCGUCUCGCCAUUGACCUAUCUCUGCUCCGUGAUGAUCAAAACUCUUGCCCCAGCCGAGCGCGUGAUGCCAAUGGUAUUUUUCUGCCGCCAGCACUGCGAUUCUCAAGAUAGCUUCACCGGUGCUGCAGGGAUGCUACGGUCGCUCAUCUCCCAGGUGACCCUCAACCUCUACGAGACUCACAGACUCGAUCUCACGUUCCUGGUUGAGGAGCACCUCCAUACAAUCGCGACGCAGGAUGUGUCCACCCUGUGCCAUCUUUUCGCCGAGGUAGUCAAGCGGGCCCCCGAAGGGAUCGUUGUAUGCAUAAUCGACGGGGUGGACUUUCUGAGCAAUCAGCUUAAUUUGUACUGGGUGGGUGGGGUGAUGCGGUUUCUGAAUAGCCUUCUGGGGGCCGUGGCGGGCAGCCGGUCGGAUCUUGUAUUCAAGAUCCUGGUGACCAGCCAUCGAGGAGCCAGUCUAGCGUCGCAAUGGUUCCCUUAUCGAGUGGAGCUGCCCAUGUUUAGUAGCGAGACAAUACCCAUUCCUACGAGUCUCUGA